AUGAAUGAUUUUUGGCAUCUGUUAUAUCUAUGGGCAAUUUUUCAUUUUUCCAAAUCACAAAUUUCCCAUAGCAAAUAUUGGGAGAAAUUUGAAUCACGUGAUGACCUGAAACCUGAAAUAGGUCCAAAAGAUGGAACAAAUAUAAAAUUUGGAAGAGAUCAAAUAGGAAGAAAUAUUGCUUCAAAAUGGAUAGGUCUUAAUGGAAAACUUAGCACUAGUCGUACGUUAACUCAUCCGGAAGUAGCUGAAUUUAUUAAAAAAGGAAGUAAAAGAAUAGUUACGGACGAACCGGAAACAGAAACGAAUGCUGAAAAUAGAAAUGCUGAUGAUUUCAAAUUAGCUCAUCAACUCUCGAAUUCCAGUUCUGAAUCUGAUUUAAAUUCUCAAUCUAAAAUAAAAUUUCCGCUAUCUGAAACAAACUAUCAAAAAAAUUCCAACAAAUUAGCAAAAAGACCAAUUCCACUUUAUAUUGCUACUCAUUAUUUUAGAUUAUCUAAAGAAAUUGAAAAAUAUUUGCAAGAAAAUUUUAACAGAGAAUUAAGCAAUCCAAAAAAGGAGAGAUCAAUUUCAUACGAAUCAAAUGAUGAAGAAGAUCAAGAGUAUCAGUCAUCUGAUCGGACAUUAUCAGAUUCAAAAUUUAAUCAACCUAAUGUACCAACAACAAUAAACUAUAAUGCUAGCUUACAAGCAGUACCACCAACCAAUUAUCAAUCUCAAUUAGCAGAAUCAGUUGAAAAAAAUAUUGAAACAGAACAGAAUUAUUCAUCAUCAUCAUUCCUAUUAAAUGCUACUAACAAAAGGAAUUUAAAUUAUGAAUUUCAAUCACAAAAUAGUCCAUUAGCAAUUGCUGAAGAUGGAGAAAAGCAGAAAGGAAUAUUAGAUACAAGUAUUCUUCCAAAGCCAGGUAAUUGUCCACCACUUAAUCCAUUAUUGCAUUCAUUACCGCAUAAUGAUACUGAUAAGAGUUGUGGACAAACGUUGACAGGUUCAUCAGUAGAUCCUAACUGUGCUUGCAUGUAUUUUGUAGCUGAACGUAAUGAGGAAGGAUGUGCAGCAAAAUUUUAUAUACUAUGUUAUCGACCGAGCGAUCAGCAUCCUGAACAAAUAAUCGAAGAAUCUUUCGCUCCACAAGUACCCAACACACAUUCCGAGCAGUACGCCGAAACACACUCCGGUGAACAACAGGUGGACAAUUAUAAUCAACAAUCAGUAAAUUACAAUGAACAAAAGCUAAGGCGGCGAUCGGAAACAAUCAAUCAAACAUUUCCAUUAGACAAAGAAGCUGAAUUAAAGAAAGAUGAAGCGCAAACAACAACGAUAAAUUCAACAACUAAAAGUGCAACAAUUAAGCAUCAAUGA